AUGCUCAAGCAGUACGUGACCGAGGCCAAGGCCAAGCUCAAGGACGAGGCCUACGAGGGCGCGCUCGCAGCCAGCGCCAAGGCCCUCGAGCUCGAUGGACUCAACUUCCAAGCGCUGCUUUGCAUGGGCAAGAGCCACUUCCACCUGCACGACCCGACCAAGGCCAUCGACGCCUACAAGCGCGCAGCGGCCGUCCAAGCCGACGUGCCGUUUGCCUGGAAGGGCAUGCUCGAAGUCUACGAGAGCACAGCAGACCACGCCAAGAUGCUCGAGCCGCUGGAGAAGCUCUCGACCAUCGUUUACGCGAAUGGCAAGUUUGAUCGGUGCCAGAAGAUGCAGUUGGACAUGGCGAUCACCGCGACGCAGGCCAAGGACUACGCCAAGGCGCUCACGUCCUGGCACCCGCUUCUCGUCAAGGAAAAAGCGCGUCCCGAGCUCUUUGCCGAGGAAAACCCGAACGAUGAGCUGCCGCCGAGCGUCGACAUGUGGCUCUCGGUGCUCGACCUCGUGCAGGCAAGCAAGUCGGCGGGUCCGUUCCAAGCGCCCGACGCCGUCUUGUACACUCUGGUGGGCAAGAUCCGGGAUGCGGCGACAACAACCGCUGGCUGGGUCUGCUCGGACAAGGUGGCGGCUGUCCUCGACGCCUACGCCGACUUGGCGCUCACGCGGCUCGUUCAACCGCAGUCGAAUUCAAAGAACCAAGAUCGCCAGAGCCUCGAUACGAUCUGCCGCGAUAUGAUUACGUGGUGCCCAGUCGCCAAACGCGCGGCGGAGAUCCUCUUGCUGCGCGCCGAAGACAGCGACGGCGCCCUGGACGCAACGCAAACAAGCACGUGCGAGUCCAUUUUGCGUCACGUCGACCCGGACAACCUCCUGCUCAUGGCACUCGACGGGCUUGCCAUGCACGCAGCCAAAGCCUACGUCCCGGCGCGGGAAACGCUCAUGACGUGCAUCACGGCGGGCCCGCACUUGCUGGCGGCGCGCGUCGCCCUGGCUGAGAUUGCGAUGGUACCGGGCCCGACGUACCAGCCGCAGGUGUGCCUCGACAUGAUCGCGAGCGCUCAGGACGCUGUGACGUGGCGCUACGACAACCUCUUGACGUCGCCGUCGCUGGCCAUCUUUGACGAGACCCACUUGAGCUUGCUCUCGGGCGCCGCGUACCGCGCGCUUUACAAAUAUGCGGACGCUAUCGUGUGUUACGAAGGCAUCUUGGAGCACGCGCCGCUGCUAGAAGCGCCUGCGAUUGGGCUUGCAGAGGCGCAUUUGGCCCAGCGCGACGUGGUGUCGGCCGCCAACGCGCUCCAGUUCCUCAGUGACGAGCCAAUGUCCGUCCCGCUCGCGGCGGCGCGAGGCUAUGUCUUGCACCUCCAAGGCGACCUCGACGCCGCUCGCCGCCUCCUGGAAGCGGGCAGCGCGCUGACGGGCGACGCCCUCGACCUCGCGUGCCUCAAACGCCGGCUUGCCGACGUGUACUGGGAUCUGGACGGCGCGUAUCGGCGCGACAAGGCCUAUUGCGUCAGUGCGCUUCUCUCAGCGGCGAAACUCGAUUCGUUUGACGCUGAGAGCUUCGCGGGCCUCGGUCGCUGGUACCAUGACAUUGCGAUGGACUUGGUGCGCGCAGAAAAGUGCUUUUUGAAAGCGCUCGCGCUCAACCCGCACUGCGAGGUCGCCGGGGUGCUCCUCAGUGACCUCUACGAAGCGCACGGCCAAGAAGAUCGCAACGUGCGUCUCUGGACUGACAUGACGACGACGAUCGAGGGCGUCGUCGCGCCGGUUUGGGCGUUGCGGCGUCUGGCCCAGCACCAAUUAAACGCCCACGACGAAGCUGCGAUCGCGUCGAUGCACAAGGUGCUGCGUCAGGCGCCCUCGGAUGCAUCCUACUGGGCCGCGCUCGGCCACGUGUAUGCGAGCUUUGGGCGCGUCAUGGCCGCGCAAAAGUCGUACGCCAAAGCAGUGAGUCUUGGUAUGGACACCAACCCGUCUGUGUUGGCCGAGCUCGCGCGUAUCGAGCUCUCAGUGGGCCUCUUUGACGAAGCGCUCGCGCAUCUCCGCACCGCGGUCGCAUACGUGGUCGCCAACGACAUUGCAGUCCGCAAGCUCCUUGCGGAGACGUUGUUUCAGCACGCCAAGUUCCUCUGCGGCCAAGGGCUCUACGGCCGCGCGGCCGCUCAUUUGUACGAAGCCUCGGGCUUGCUCCAUACGUGCUUGGAGACGGCGAGCAACGAGCCCGCGCUGCACAAGCUGCUCGGGGAUGUGCACUGCUUUGCGUUCUACUUGGCGCCCGGCGACUUUACUUCCUGGGUCGACUUUCUCAGCGCUGGCACCGCCGCGUACAAAACCGUGUCGAGUAUCGAGCCCGACGAGCCCGCAGCGUGGUUGGACCUCGGCCUUGGCUAUUGGUACGAAGCCAUGGCCCGGGGUACUGUCGACGGGGUGCCCAUGGGCAAGCUCGCACUGCAGCACGCCCCGGUGUACCCGCCGUCGAUCGAUCAGCUGAUGCACGACGCGUCGACUGCGUUUGCGCAGGCGCUCGCACUCGAGCCGCUGAACGCACACGCGUGGAAUGCGUUUGGUGCGGUGCAGCGCCAUAUUGUGCUCAAGCACUUUGGCUUUGUGCGCGCGAUCACGCUCGCGAACUUGGACUGCGCGUGGGCGAACCUCGGCAUGUUGUAUGUGUAUGCCGGCGCGCCGGCGUCGGCCCAAAAGGCGUUUUUGAGCCUCCAAGGCGUGAACCCCAACAACCCGGCCAUGUGGACCGGCUACGGUCUCCUCGAGAUUGCAAAGGGCGAUGCGAGCCAAGCCCACGCGGCGUACACGUGCGCCCUCCAGAUGCGCCUCGAUUUGGACGUGCUCUACGGCGUCGCGUCGACCGGCCUUCAGGUCCAAACCACCAGCAAAGAGGCGCUGCCGCUGCCGCAGAUUCAGUUUGCGCUGCAAAAGUACCUCGAGCGCGACCCGUUCGAGGCUGCGGCACAGAACGCGCACGGCGUCGUGCUCUCGCAGCUCGGGUUGCACGCCGCGGCGACGACCGCAUUGGAUGCAGUGACGUCCACCGAGUCGGCGAUCCUGCAAGGCAACAAGGUGCGCAACUACAUUGCCGCCAAGCAGUGGCCCGAGGCGCUGGCGGCGUGGAAGGCCCUCGAGACGAAGGACGACACGACCAAGCAGCUCUUGGCCGCGCAGAUCUAUACCGGUUUGAACCGGUUUGGAGACGCACAUGCAGCGCUCACGCGCAUUCGAUCGCCGGCGUCGACCCUCCAUGUUGCGCUCGCCACGUACGAAGCCGAGUUCAAGGCGACCCGCGCGCUCUCGCCUGCCUCCAAAGCAGCGCUGCAGGCGCUCAUGGAAGCGCACCCGCGCCACACCAGCAUCGCCGCAACUCUGGCGCGCGUCGAGCUCGAUUGGGUGACGUAUUGGGCAACGUCGAACGACGACGAGAAUCCAGACAAGGUGUCGGUGCCCUCGGGGCUCAGCGACGCCGGGCUUGCUCCCGCGUGGCUCGACGCAGUGCAGAGAAAGGACGGGUCGGCAGUGUCGAUCGCAGCGCUCGCGCAGCUGUUUGGCGCGUCGGCGGCGGUGACGCGGCCGGUCGCGACCGCGCUCCCCGUGUCGCGCCACGUGCACGCGAUCCUGGAUGCCUUUACGGUGUGGACGCCGCCGCGCGCGACAGCCCAAGCUUGGUACCGCGAGAACCCGCGCGAUCCCAACGCGUGGCGGGCGCUUGUGUUGACGCUCUUCAAGCGCUAUGCUGCUACUCACGAUGCGUCGAUUCUCAAGACCCUCGGCCUCUACUUGGGCCUGCCGGUGACGAAGGAAGCGCAUUUGACGUGGGAGUGGCAUGUGCUCAUGAGCGGCUACUGCGCAUGGACGCACGAUGCGACGAGUGCAAAGACGCACGCAGCGUCGGCGUCGGCGCUGGCGGCGUCGAUGCAGAAUGCGUCGUUGUACAAGGCGCGAUCGGUGGUGUUUGUGGACCCGACCGCAGCCCUCUCGCUCUACCGCACGUCGCUGCGUGGCAGCGCCGACGAAGCUGUGCUGGCCGAGGUCGCGGCUUUCGUGACGGCGCUCGGGUGGCCGAAAGCCGCGAUCCGCAUCUGGAAGUGUCUGCACCAACUCGACGACAAGUGGAAGUUUAUGGCGAUCGUCCAGCGCUACGUGCUCUCGCUCAAUGUCGAGUCGCCCAAGGUCCUUGCCAAGUACCUCAAGGAAAUCCAGAACUUUGUCAAGGACGACUCCGAAACGAGUCCGCGCGCCGAGCUCGUCGCGCAGCUCGUGGCCUUGACGCCGUAA